CCUUUCAACUUCCAUUUUCUUUCCGUGGGUGUUGGGACCAUGCAUGUUGGGUUGAUGGACACCACUGCGGAGCUGAAAAGCAUCGAAUCCGUAAUCCGUAACAGAAGGGAACAAAUUCUACCUUUUCAUUUCGUCUCUAAUGGCAAUCAACACAUGCCUCCUUCUUUUGCUACUUUUGGUUGCUGGGUUUCCUUGUAAAGCUUCAGACGAACGUCUCGUCUCUCGAAUCGCCUUCGGGUCGUGUUCUAACCAGAGCUCUCCUCAGCCCAUUUGGAAAGCCAUAAUUGACUUUGAUCCCCAAAUUUUUAUUUGGAUGGGGGAUAAUAUAUAUGGAGACAUUAGGCGACCCUUUAAACUAUUUGGGAAAGAAAGAACAUUUGGGCCAUGGAAGAAUGUCCAACGGUUUGUUCCAGUCUCUGAGGAGGAAAUGCAGAUAAGAUAUAAGAAAGCUAAGAGCAAUCCAGGAUAUUCUCAGCUACGAGAGAAAACUCAGGUAAUUGGCACAUGGGAUGACCAUGAUUAUGGAUUAAAUGAUGCAGGGAAAGAAUUUAGCAGAAAGGAAAUUAACCAAAGGCUUCUAUUAGAUUUCCUAGAUGAACCCCAAGAUAGCCCAAGGCGUAAACAGGCUGGUGUGUAUGCCUCAUAUACAUUUGGCCCCAAGGAUAAAAAUAUCAAGGUUAUUCUCUUGGAUACCAGAUACCAUAGAGACCCACUAUUCAGUGAUGGAAGCAUUUUGGGCAGUUCUCAAUGGGCAUGGUUAGAGAAAGAGUUGAAUGACCCUACAUCAACAUUUACCAUUAUUGGAUCUUCUAUUCAGGUCAUAUCAAAUCUUUCUGCAACUACAGGCCCAUUAUUCUAUAUGGAGUCAUGGGGGCGUUUCCCAAAAGAGAGAGAUCGUUUGUUUAAAUUGAUUGCAGAUAGCAAGAGAGAUGGGGUCUUUUUCAUAAGUGGCGAUGUUCAUUUUGGAGAGAUUUCAAGAUAUGACUGUGCAUCUAGAUAUCCACUCUAUGAAAUAACUUCAAGUGGGCUUACUCAAGCUGUUGAGAAGGCAGUCCCCCAAUCAUUGCAUUUUCUAGUUAGAGUUUUGGCAUGGUUGACACCAACAACGAUGAGAAUUAUUGGUCCAGAUUGCUGUUACAAAUCAUGCACAUAUGGCCAGCCAAAUUUUGGUGCAAUUGAGAUAGAUUGGAAUGCUACUCCAGUGACUAUGAAGGCUGAAGUGAGGGAUGUGAACGGAAAUACUGUUACAGGUAUAAAUAUUUCAUCAUUGGAGUUGCAAAGUGGUGAAGAUGAUAUGGUUGCCAAGAAAUCUGGGGAAAUCCAGCGGCACUGUUCCCUUGAAGUCAAUCUACCAUGGAUCAUCAGAUACCGUUUAGCUAUUCUAUUUUCUGGUGCUUUAAUGGGAUCCAGUUCAACCUUUAUGGGAGAUGGCUGACCUCUUACAUGUAGCUAGGGGACCCUGUGGAAUUCUGAUUCCUAUGUCUGUAGAUGACAUCAGAAGGGAGAUGGCUGACCUCUUACAUGUAGCUACGGAACCCUGGAUUCUAAGUCUGUUCUGAGUUGAGAGGAGGAUUGUGAUGUGUAUCUUUGAUUUGGAUAGAAAGUAAUGAAUACAAUGAUAAUGUUGACUGAUCAGGAGUUUAUAGGAUCUGGUUCAACCUUUAUGGGGAUCAAUGACAGACCCCCAAGUAUAAAAGAGUAAUAUCUUUAUUAUUCUUAUUUUUCAUCUCUCAAUGAAGGAUAGUGUGUAUCUGAAACAAAACAGCUUUUGAUCCUCAAUUUAUAUAUUCAUGAAACAUGGUUCAAGAAACCCUACAAGCUGCCCACUUCCCCUCCCCCCCUCUCUCUCAUACCCAUUCCUACCUUCAAACCAUCAUUUUACUUUUUACAGUGACCUCUUUCUCUAUACAUGAUGACAUGACACUUUACAUCGCUUCUCAUCGUAACAACCCACCAAACUGGUUAAAAGAAUUUAGUCUUUUAGUAAUAUAUCAUCAUCAUCAUCAUCAUUCAGGCCUUAUCCCAACUAUAUGGAGUCAGCUACAUGUUUCACCAUUCUGUUCAGUUUAAUGGGUUACACAAUGAGGGGGUAACCCGCCCUCAGAGGCUCAGACUACACCACCCCUCCCCAACCCUGGUGAAGGUGGGGAUUCAAUCCCAUCUAUUACAACAAUCCGGAUGCUUUUACUUGUAAGCUAGCUGGCACCUUCCUAUGAUUAACUUCUUUGUGAGCUGUUUUUAUCCCCUGUAGAGAAAUCCAUGCCCCUCAGCCAGAAGUGGAAACACAUAAUGACUUAAAUAAGCUCAUGCAGUGGUCUUGCUCAAACCACAUGAAUAAUUAGAAUGCAUUUAGGCCCUAAAUAUAAUUUCAAAUUACAAUAAAAUCCAUGAUAGAAAUUUAAACUACAAAUAUUACCGACAUCCUCUGACAGAUAAAAUUGAAGGAAAUGUGAUUAA